AUGUGUCGUCCGCACGUGCUCCUCACACCUUCUGCCGUUCUGAUCGCAUUAGUGCAAGCAACUUCGUCCUCUCAAAUACGAUUGGCUCUCCCUCCUUUCCCUUACCGCCAAUUUUCCUUAUCAAUCCCGCUCCCGCACUCACGCCCUCCCUGUCUCCCUGCGCCCGCCGCAUCAUCUCCCUCCCCAUCCCGUCGCAUCAUCUCCCUCCCCAUCUCGUCGCAUCAUCAGGUGUUUGACGGGCACGAGGGGUCAGUGGAAGCAGCGGAGUUCGCAGCGGGGGCGAUAGUGCGCCAUCUGCUGGCGGACGCCGCCUUUACGUCGCACCUGCCGUGCGCACUGCACCGCGCCUUCCUCGCCACGGACCACCAGCUCGCCUCUGCGUGGUCCGCCGGCCAUGCCGCCAAGUCCGGCACCACUGCUCUCACUGCUGUGCUUGCCGACAGGUCAUUGGUGGUGGCGAACGCGGGCGAUUGCAGGGCCGUGUUGUGUCGCAGGGGGCGCAGCAUUCUACUAUCGCGCGACCACCGCGCGUCACACUGCCACUCGGAGCGGCAGCGAGUGGAGGCAGCAGGAGGUCAUGUGGUGGAUGGGUAUUUGAACGGCUACCUCAUGGUCACACGCGCACUCGGCAACUGGCAUCUCAAGGACCUCAAAUCAUCACACAUAACAAGUGAUUCCCCCUCUCCACCACCUGCUGCCUCUGCGCCAACUGCACAUGACCCCUCGCCUCCUACGCUCUCCCCACCCACACCAACUGCGCUUGCCACUGCUGCUGAGCCCCACUCGCACUCCCGGACUCAAGACGAUGCGUCUCCUGCGAAUGAACUGCAAAACGGAGAGGCCUUCCCACAGCACACACCACAUCCUCGGCACCACGCAUCCCCUCAACAUCACAGUCACGCCGGGGCAGUGCGCUCUCGCUUCCACGGGCACAAGCAGCACUGGAGCCACCUCUACCGCUCCCUCGGCUGGCCUUUCCACUCCCACACUCACGCACAGCACCACACGCACGCGUCGUGUGCGCGCUGGGAGCACAAGCAGCAGCGGCACGUGUGCUCCGGGGUGAGCAAAGGGCCUCUGAUUGCAAGCCCGGACGUGUGGGAGAUCACUCUGACAGACGAGGACGAGUUCCUGCUGCUGGCCAGUGAUGGGCUGUGGGACGUGUUUCGCAGUGAGAAUGCGGUGGACUAUGCACGCAGGCAGCUGCGCACGCACAACGACCCACAGAAGUGCGCCGAGGAGUUAGUAGCAGAAGCGCUGAGGCGAGGCGCAUGGGACAACCUCACCGUCGUUGCAGUGUGCCUCACGGCCUCGCCGCCUCCCCCGCUCGUGGAGGAGGAGGGGCAGGGGGGCCAUGUGAAGCGCGCAUUGGGGCGGCGGUCCAACAGCAGGCUGCCCUGGGCAGUGAAGGCACGCGCUGCUGCUGGUGCUGCGGGUGCUGGGCAUGGGGCUGGCAGUGUUGCUGAUGAGUCUGCUGUGUGUGCCAGCUGA